AUGGCCUUCAGACCGCUGCUCCGGCAGCGCGCCGUCGUCCCUGCAAUGGCCGCCGCCAUGACCGCCGGCGCCCUCUUCACACCGCGGACGGUCCAUGCCGAGGAGCAGCCCGGCGAUGCCUUCGAGCGCAAGCCCAUCUACGACGAGCUCCCCCUCGACACCACCGAGCCCACCGCCCCGGCCCUGGCGCAGCCCUCGACGGACCUGCCCCCCUCGCCCGCCUACCGCCCAACGCCCACCGACCGCCUCGCCCAGCAGAUCGGCGUCGUCCGCAUGGCCGCCUACCGCCAGGCCGUCCGCAGCGAGCGCGCCGUCGACAGCGCCCUGACCGAGACCCUGCGCCUCGAGCACUCGUUCACCAGCACCAUCCGCGCCCUCGCCCCGCCCAAGGAGUCGGGCGAGCGCAUCUUCCCCGGCGCCCUGUACGUCCUCGUCGCCUCCAUGGCCGGCUCCAUCCUCACGCGCAACCGCAACAUCGUCCUGCGCGCCACCGUCCCCGCCGCCGUCGGCCUCACCGCCGCCUACGCCGUCCUGCCCCUCACCAUGAACAACGUCGGCAACCUCGUCUGGUCCUACGAGGAGCGCUACCCCGUCCUCGCCGACGCCCACCUGCGCACAAAAGCCCGCAUCGCCCACGUCAUCGACACGGGCAAGGCCCACGCCGGCAUGACCGUCGGCAUCGUCCAGCACAAGGUCUCCGACGUCCGCGACAACAUGGAGGGCUGGGUCAGGAAGGGCAGGUGA